AUGACGCCCUACCAGUGGUUCAACGUGGUGAGCAGCCUCGGCUACGUGCUGUUCACCGCCACCACGAGCACCGUCACCAUGCUGGUCCCCGCGAUCAUCCUCCUCCGCCCCGUAUCCGCCAACCUAUACGCGCGGUGCACCUCUUGGAUCUUCGCGUGCUGGUGGACCUCCUGCCUCUUCAUCACCGAGCGACUCAACGGCGUCAAGGUUCGCGUGACGGGCGACGCGCUGCCCCUCAACGCGCCCCUGCUGAUCAUGUCCAACCACAAGUGCAACCUGGACUGGAUGUUCCUGUGGUCGUCCGCGAUACGGACCGGGAGCAUGUUUCACGUCGGCGUGUUCAAGGCGGUGGCCAAAUCGGAGAUUCGAGUCAUACCGAUAUUUGGAUGGGGUUGCAAGCUCAACGGGUUCGCGUACGUGCGCCGGCGGUGGUCGUCCGAUGCGUCCCACCUGACGUCCUGGAUCCAAUCCCAGAUCCGACGCCGGCUGAACGCCAACUGGACGCUGAUAUUUCCCGAGGGGACCAGGUACACCGACCGCAACAAGGAGCGAAGCGACCUUUCGUGCGCGAAGGAUGGGCUCGAGCCGAUGGCCGGGGAGAUACUGCGCCCUCGAACCAAGGGCCUCGCGCUGCUCCUCCGGGAGAGCGCGAAAGGCGGGGGGUACUACCGCAAGAUCGUGGACAUGACCAUCCAGUACACCGACGCCGAUGGGAAGCCCCUGAAGGGCGCGGCGUUGGGCACCCGUUGCUUCGGACAGCUCGCCAAGGGCCAGCUCCCGGUGGCGACGUGUCACGUGCACUUCGACGUCUUCUCCCAUAAGGACGUCCCGGCGGGCGAGGACGAGGACGAGGUGGAGGCGUGGGUGUGGAAGCGGUGGAGGAAAAAGGCCAACAUGCUGGAGGCGUGCGCGUCCGCGGGUCAGUUCGAGGGGGUGAGGGAGUGGUCGACGAGCGGCACGGCCGUGCCUCUCAAAACGCAGACGGCGCUCCGAUGCUUCUUUGUCCUUCAGGGUCUCGUGUGCGUCGGCGUCGCGUGUUCAUCCACGGCGUUUUUGGCGUACGUCGCGUGCGCGGCGGUGGGUGCGGCGGUGAUCGCGCAGACGGACCCGGCGUGGUGGUGA